AUGUGUCUUCCUCGCUUUUUCACCCGUCAAGUUCAAUUAUUUUUAAGACCUCAUAUAAAAACCAUUAAUGCGAAUUGUUCUAUUUUCCAGCAACCCGCGCAAAGGUUUCAUUCUGAAACGAAUAGUAAUAGUAAAAGUUGUGUCCUUGCAUAUUUUAUAACCGGUGGUUUUGCUUUAUUCAUUUCGGGGGAUAAUUCAUAUUCUUGGUAUGUGAACAGAUGUUAUGAACGUCGUCUUGAUGAAACCAUGGAAAAAGGAACGCGACCUGAAAUUGAUUCAUCGGAUGAUGCAUGUGUUUCGCGACCGUUGGUGGUCGAUCAACUCAAUAAAAUAUUUCAACCAUAUAAAAAUCAAUCAUAUUAUUAUAUGGUUUGUGGAGAGCCCGGAACAGGAAAAACAAAAUUGAUCAAAACUUCUGCCAAUGAAGUUGGUCAAGGAGUAAUCUAUGUUGAUGUUCCGGCAAAUAUUAAUUUGUUUGGUGAUGCAUUAGGAAAAGCACUCAAUUAUGAAUUUGAUGAACACGUUUCUUAUUCAAAACGUCUGAUCCGGAAAUUAUUUGGUGCAAGUGAAACCACGGAUGCAUUUAAGCGUUGUGCCGAAAAAUACAAAAAUAAAUAUGGUAAACUACCAGUUAUCGUUUACGAUAACGUAAGCCGGUUAAUUACUGUACAUCCAGAAGUUAUUGACAUCCUUCAAGAUGAUGCCAAAGAUAAUGCGGAUGAUAAAAAAUAUAUUUCAGUAUUUGUUUGUAGCGGAGGAAAUGUCCCCAGAAGGAUGGAAUCGAAAAAACCAGUGAUAGAAAUCGGGGACCUUAACAAAGAAGAGUCAAUGUAUUAUUUGAUUAAUGAACGUAAAAUCAACGUAAUUGAUGCAACAAGAUUAUACGAUUUAGUUGGUGGUCGUAUUAUGGAAUUAAAAAAUGUAGCGGAUGACUUUUUAGCUGGACAAACUUUUGACGUUAUCAAACAACAAAUAUUUGGUACAAUUUAUGAUGAUUUUGAAAUGGCAGAGAUGAAUCCGAGCCAAUCAAAUCAUGAAGCAGCAAAAACUGUAAUCAGAGCUUUAUCAAAUUCUAAUGAUAUGCUUCAUGUCAGCAUGCUCCGAGAAUUGACUAAAGUGGAACCAAACAAGUUGUUAGAGGGUAAUGUAUUCGCAUAUCAUCCGGCACAUAAGGCAGUAACUUUUCUAUCUCGCUCAGUAGAACGCUACGUUCAAGAAAAUGCUACUAAAUUUAUUAAAUGA